AAAAAUGGCGAGUUUAGAAAUGGAGUUGGAGCAGGGAGAGGAGAGUUUGGGAGAUGAUAUUUUAAAUCUAUCCAGUGGUGAUAUUCAGUCUAGGACUAGGCUACUGGAAAAUGAGGUACGGAUAAUGCGCAGUGAGCUGGGACGGAUUCAGCAUGAGCUGCAAGCUCAGCAGGAAACUAUCAAGGAGAACGAGAAGAAGAUCAAACAGAACAAGACUCUGCCCUACCUUGUCUCCAAUAUCAUUGAGGUUCUCGAUAUCAACCCCGAGGAGGAGGAGGAGAUCGAGGGAGCUAACGUUGAUUUGGAUUCCCAGAGAAAGGGUAAAAGUGUUGUUAUCAAGACUACAACUCGACAGACUUACUUCCUACCCGUAGCUGGAUUAGUGGAACCGGAGAAACUGAAACCCGGAGAUCUGGUCGGGGUAAACAAGGAUUCCUAUCUCAUCCUGGAUACUCUACCCAGCGAGUAUGAUUCCAGAGUAAAGGCUAUGGAGGUGGAUACCCGUCCCACUGAGCAGUACUCUGAUAUUGGUGGAUUAGAUAAACAAAUCCAGGAACUAGUUGAAGCAGUUGUAUUACCUAUGACUCACAAGGAGAAGUUUAAGAACCUGGGAAUUAAACCCCCAAAGGGUGUUCUCAUGUACGGACCCCCUGGAACCGGAAAAACCUUGAUGGCCCGAGCCUGUGCUGCGCAAACCCAAUCCUGUUUCCUUAAGCUGGCAGGACCGCAGCUCGUUCAGAUGUUUAUCGGAGACGGAGCUAAACUUGUCAGAGACGCUUUUGCUCUGGCUAAAGAGAAAUCUCCAGCAAUUAUAUUUAUCGAUGAGUUGGAUGCUAUUGGAACCAAGAGGUUCGACAGUGAGAAGGCUGGAGACAGGGAGGUUCAGAGAACUAUGUUGGAGCUUCUCAACCAGCUAGACGGUUUCUCUUCUUCCGAUGAUAUUAAAGUGAUAGCUGCUACCAACAGGAUUGAUAUCCUUGAUCCAGCUCUGCUCAGGUCUGGACGUUUAGACAGGAAGAUUGAGUUCCCAGCUCCGACAGAAGAGGCUAGAGCCAGGAUUAUGCAAAUCCAUGCUAGGAAGAUGAAUGUUGACCCCGAUGUGAACUAUGAGGAGCUGGCGCGUUCUACAGAUGAUUUUAAUGGUGCUCAGUGCAAGGCUGUUUGUGUUGAAGCAGGUAUGAUUGCAUUGAGGAGAGAGUCCAACCUCGUUACUCACGAGGAUUUCCUAGAUGCCGUUAUUGAAGUACAGGCUAAGAAGAAGGCUAACCUCAACUACUACGCCUAAAAUGUUAUGUACUGUAUCUAUAAAAUGAUAAAUAAAUCUGCUGUGAAAUGUAUUUUAUAAAAAUCA